GUUUCGUUGUCGAUUUCGUUACAAUAAUUUGGGACUCAAGUCCAGCACCGUUCGAAAAUGGUAAAUAUUCAUUUCCAAAUCCUUAAUCUAACUUAACAGUUAUUUUCAUAUGGUUCUACUUUACAUCUAUAGGGAGAAAGAAAAGCUGUUAAUAAAUAUUACCCUCCAGAUUGGACUCCACAACAGGUAAAUACUAAACUUUCCUCUUCUACAUUACAUUAUGACUAUAUCCAACAAAAUUGUAUGUACAGUGUAUCUUAAACUGUUCGAUCUCCGUCUCUUUAUCAGGGCUCCCUUGACAGAUACCAUGGACAACACCCGUUACGUGAACGAGCUCGAAAGCUUGGCCAAGGAAUUCUCAUUAUUAGGUAAAUACUAACCAGAAAAUUAACAAUUAUUAUUAUUAUUUUUUAAUGCAAAUCGCAAAAUACUUCUCUUUUUACGAUGGAUCCUGUUAGCACUGUCUCUUCCAUAAAUUUUCAAUGUAUUAUGAUUGUAUAGUGGUAUGGCCAAAGUAUAGCUGCCUUAGUUUAACAAUACCGUGUUCUAAGCUAUCUUCAAUUUAGCAAAACCUUUAUCUGAUCAUUUAUGAAUUGUUUCUGAUCAGUGUCAAGAGUGGCAAAGGCGAACAGUGGAAGGAGAUUUUUUUUAAUUAGCUCAACCCUCUUACAAAGAAUCACUGAGACCUACUGCUUGCGUAAAACCAUGGUUUGGUUUAGACCUGGUGUAAAUAUUUCUCCUUACAAUAUCACUGCUGAAUCACACAUUAAUGUCAUGAGAAUAAAGGAAAUGAUCACCAACUAAAGAAACUCUAGAUUGUUAGACAAAUUCUCCUAGUUAGCUCCUUAGUAAAUGUACAGAGAACAGUAUGGAGAAUAUGAAUACUGAUGUUAGGGUGUAAAGGUUUCAUACAGCAUCUACUUCUCCCUUUGUCUCACAAGGAAAACAGAGGCAAUUUGAAAGGAGAAUCUGGCAGUGUGUCACAAAUGCAACAAGACCCUUUUUUUUUUUUUUUUUAAUUUAAAGUACCCCUUAAAUUUAAAGCAUCACAUGGUGACAUUUCUAUCCUCCCAGUAUACUGAAAGGGUGUUAUCAUGGACCCAAUAAAACUAGCAGCCUAGCCUGCUGUUAGUCUCCUACAGCUCUAUGGUAAAAAAUUGUGAGUCCUCAUGAGGAAUUGAACCUCAGACCUUCGGAUUCUGCACUCUGAUGCUCGGACACUGAGCCAUAGAGACUCUACGGUGUGCGAAGCCUAUUCUGAAGGUUAUAUGUGGCAUGUGUCCUGCAUACUGCUAGGAUCAGUGAUGUUGAUAGCAUCAUGUUUGUAAAUAGAAUAAGGAAGAUGGUAAGUUUUUGAGCUCAGUAAAGAAAUAGAGAAAGAUGUUUUUCGUGUGACAAAGAAAAAGUCUGAGUUUCCUUAAAGAAUCCAACCUCAGCAGAACCCCUGAAACUCCCUUCCAGGGAGGGGAGUAGUGACUCUGAUUCAAGAGGAUGUUAGGUGAUGAAACUAGCCUGCUGUUAGUCUCCUAUAGCUCUAUGGUAAAGCAUCUGAAGUAUUAACCCUUUACACCCUAACAUCAGAAUGUGUAUUCUCCAUACUGUUCUCUAUACAAUUCCAAAGAGGCUGACAUGGAGAAUUUGUGUAACAAUCAAGAGCUGCUGUAGCUGGUGAUCACCUCUUCUAUUCUCAUGACUUUCCUGUUUGUUUUAGGGAUGAUACUGUAAGGAGAAAUUAGAUGCUAGUCACUCUUAGGGGCUAAAGGGUUAAUGGAAAGAUCAUGUAGGUUCUACUCCCAUUGGGAGAACUCAGAGUUUUAUUUAUUUAUUUAUUUUUUUUUUUCAGAGUAUACCUGUGUCACUCACUGCUCUUAAAUUCUCAAAUUUGUUAAAAAUCUGUUCCUUGCUCUCCUAGAUUUGAGAUGCCCUACAACAUAUGGUGUGGAGGAUGUGGAAAUCAUAUUGGAAUGGGUACAGUAUGCAUAAAUUAUAAUAGUUAUUAGAAAACUUUUUCAAAAUUAGUAUUACACACACACAGUUUUCAAGAACUAUACUUAAACUUUAGCACACAGCAUCAAGCCUGAGAACCAUCAACUAAUUGUUGUUUAAAGUACAAUUUUCUCACACCUGAUCAGACUUUUUCCGUGUAACACAAUAUGCUGAUAACAAUUAUUCAUGAAAGUGGAGGUGAAUAAUUGUUCUUGUAUGUACCCCACAGAUACCAAAAAUAUAGCGCACCAGUAUGCUUUCAAUAGACUGAAAAAUGGUCAGAAAUUAAACUCUUGAUACAUGGUUUUGUCUCAGUGGCUACUCAGAAUUGAAUGGUUUGUGCUGUUCAUUUCUGAACCAGCCAAUUAGUGCAGGUGAAAAGCACUCUCCACUUUUGUGGUACAAUGACGCUAUCCAGAUUAUGCAGCUUUGAAGAAUGAUGGAACUCUCAAUGUACAUGCCAUGUUCUUCUUUAAGACAAACUGACUUACUUCAACACUUAAGGCCAAUGUAAAAACAUUUUUUUUCAUUAAUUUUAAUUGUUAAUCCACAUGUAUAGAGGUAUUCAUGACAGACAGUGAAGAUGUAAACCAUAUUUUUUUCAAAAUGAUUUAUAAAUAUUUUGUUUUGCAAUUAAAUGUGGCUUUCUUAAUCUAAUCAGUUUUUGUUCCUUAUUGAUAUUCAUAUUCUUAGUUAUCUAUACCCUCGAUUAUCUGGACUGUUUUGCCUAGUCUAGAUAAUUGAGGUUUGACUGUAUAUAUACUAGUGUUUGGUAAAUAUUUCUUGUGUUCAGAGUUUUUUGAGGUCCAAAUAUUAAUUUUAUUUUCGACAAGCUUGAAAAGGGUAGUAAAGAGUAAUCAAAAUUUCUUUUGACAGUUAUCUAUUUCAGUGUGGCUUAGCCUUUUAAUUGGCUCUCCUGUAGGUGUGAGGUACAAUGCAGAAAAGAAAAAAGUUGGUAACUACUACACAACACCCAUCUACAGAUUUCGCAUGAAAUGUCACCUUUGUGAUAAUCACUUUGAAAUAGAAACUGAUCCAAAGGUAAGAAAAAAAAAUGAUACAGUCCCUGUUUACCUUUAACCCUUUUAACUCCCAAGAUCUGAUUGUUAAUUAUCCCCUCUGGCUGCUACACAUUUCCUUGUCAAGUUGAUUACAAGAAUUUGGUGUUCAAUCAAGGCAAUAAAUUGUACCUGAUGAGUUUGAGCAUUCUCGUUACCUGUUUUCUGUGUAAUGUAUCCCAUAAUUACUUCUGAGAGUUAAAGAGUUAAGGUGGUAGAAACCACAAACUGUUUGGACAUCCAGGGGCUGUAUAGACGACGCACACCAGCAAUAGGUUUUCACUUCGAUUUAAUGUCUCACCAUAGUUACAUAAUUGCCAAUGUGGUUUCUAAAUAGAUGAAUAAAAUAAAAUUACUCGGAGAAAUCGAACACAAGGAAGCAUAAACUAAUAAGCAAACACAACUAGACGGGAUAAGGGCCGUAGAAGCGAAACUUGACUGCGAAACUUGACUGACAACGGACAACUGAUAACUAACUUGAACAAUGUGACUCGCAGACUGAAUAAUAAAUUAGCAUGCAGAGUGCGAAAUAACUAAUGUUGACGAGGCAGCCUGGGUCGAGGGAUGGUUUUUACCGGCUGGUUAUUUUAACAAAGUAUAGCUGCAUUAGUUUAACAAUAGCAUGUUCUAAGCUUCUAAUCUUCAAUUUAGCAAAAGCUUUAUCUGAACAUUUACAUUUGAUCACAGUGUCAAGAGAGGCAACAGCUAACAGUGGAAGAAAAUUUAUUUAAUUAAAUCAACCCUUUUAUUAAGAAUCACAGUGGCCUGCUGCUUGCAUAAAACCAUGGUUUGGUUUAAACCUAAUGUUCUGGAAUAUCAGGCCCUAAGUCUGUAUAGUGUAUUUAUUUUAUGCAAUGGGAAAACUUUAAAUAUGUGAGAAGAUUUUGCAAAGUAAUUACAAUCCUCCUCAAUUAAUUAACUCCGUUCUUGAUCUUGAUCUACUCUUUAAGUUAAAGUUGAAAGUCAUUUUCUUGUGAUGAUCUAAAGCACAUAGAAAUUUACCUGAAAUGGAGAAAAAAGUAACAGUCUUUGAUGUGUUUGCUACCUUUUUGCCUGGUUAGGUGCAUGUAUUAUUGAUUAUGCCUACCAAAAUUGAAGCAUUUGCAGCACAUACUGAUAAUGGCAUGUUUAAGUCAGAGAAGAUUUAUUAGGGAAGGAUGGUUCUCAUGAUACAACAUUAUGUUGUUUUGAAAUAAUUAAUUUAUAUUUUCUAUACUUUUAUGUUCUUAUACUCAACCAUUAUUUCAAAAAAAAGUUAAUCCAACUGAAAAAAAUCAUUUCAAACUUUGUACGAUGCACUUUACUGGUACAACUUACAAUGUAGUUAAAUUUUGAAUCAUUUAUUAUACGUUUCAUCAAUUUGAUUAUUUUUAUGUCUCAAUAAGAACUGUGAUUAUGUUAUUGUGAGUGGAGCCAGAAGGAAAGAAGAAAGAUGGGAACCAUCAGCUACAGAAACUGUUGAAUUAACAGGUAAUCAAAACUAGAAAUAACAAAUUUUAAAUCUUUUUACUCCCUAGAUCACAUUGUUAAUUCUCUCCUUUAGCUGUUACAUAUUUCCUUGUAAGUAGCUUACAAGAAUUUGGUGAGGUUUAGAUCUAGAUAAAAACUUCUACCUGAUAAGUUUGAGUGUACUCUUUACCUGUUUUCUGGAUUCUGUAUGGAUAUUAUAGGGAGAAGUUACAUGUGAAUCACUCCUGGGAUUAGAGACAUUUUGCAUGUAAUACAGGCCUGAAUGUAAUAUAGAUAACAUUAACCUCACACCAAAAAGGCUUGCUGGCCAGUGGCUGUAUUCUAUACAAGUAUGUGAUAUGCAGGGUGGUAGCUAAGACUUGGGGGAGGUGAGGGUUACAUACAUGUGAUGGUAUAAUUAAUCUGAACUUCUCAAUGCUUGGCUGAUCUUUUCAAAACAUUAUUCUUCACACACACUUGUGUAAGCUGUUUGACUUUGUGUAGUGAAAGCAGGCUGUUUUUAAGGAGCAAUACAGCAACAGUCAAUUUGGUUUGCCUACCAAAAGUGAGAGUUCUUUUAGCAUUAUUCCCCACACACCCAUGUACAGGUUGAUGGACUUUGCAUAGUGAAAGCUGGCUGUUAUUAAGGGGCAGUACAGCAACAACCAAUUUUAAGUGGCCUGUCUCUUACCAGUAAGGGUUUUAAAAAAACACAUAAUUUGAUCUAUUUUCUGUCAUUGUUCAUCUCAUCAUUCAUUCAUUUCAUUUUGUUUUACAACUAUUUUCAUUGCAUCUUGUCAAAUUUUUACAUUAUUUUAUGUCAUUUUAUUUCAUUUAAUUCCUUUAUUUUAUUAUCUUAGACAAGGAGGAUGUCAAGAAGAUGGCAGUUGAUGCAAUGUUUAAAUUGGAACAUGGUGUUCAAGAUCAACAAAAGUCUAAGAAAGCUUUGCCCACUUUAGCACAGCUUAAGGUAAAAUGGUCUGACAGCUUAGAGCAGAGAAAAGUGGAACUCAUAAUUAUGCUUCAAUUUAAUAAGCUUGAGUGUGAAAAGGAAUGUAAUAAGUUCCACUCUGCAGAUGGCUUCUUAACCCCUUAACGCCCUGGCACCAAUAUGCAUAUUCUCCCAUCUGUUCUCCAUAAAUUUUCUAAGAUGCUGUCAAGGAGAAUUUGUUUAACAAUCAACAACUUCUUUAGCUGGUGAUUAUUUCCAUUGUUCUCAUGACCUUGAUGUGGGAUUUAGGGGGGAUAUGGUGAGGAGAAAUUAGAUGCUAGUCACUCUUAGUGGUCAAAGGGUGCAAGGGGGGGUGGGUGGUGGGAGCAUUGGCAGGUAAGGCAGAAACAGAAAUCUACCCCUAUCCCUUCUUCAAUUUAGGAAAUAACUAUUGAAGAAGUUUUUUCCUCUUACAGGAAGUUCAGUCUGUAUGGGAUGAUGACUACGCUGCUAAUCAACUUCUCAGAAAGAAAUUUCGUGAGCAGAAACAGGAUUUGAUUGCUGUAGCUAUGAAAGACAAAGAGUUGCAAAAGAGAGGAGCGCUGGAUGUUAAUCUUUUGCCAGAAAGAGAAGAAGACAUCGAACAUGCGCAUAAAAUAAGAUAUCAUGGAAAAGGUGUGAAAUGACAGAAAUUUUGACUUUUUUUUUUUUUUUUUUUCAUAGUUUGAAGGUCAUGUUCCUGAGUACAUUAAAGUUCGAAUCAGGCUCGAAACCUCUGUUUUAAAUAGGGAGUCUCAUUUUUUUUCCAAGGUAUCUUUCAAUAGUAUUUUGAAGACUCUUUCGAACUUCAAUAUUCCAUUUGUAAUGCAUUGAAGGACAAAAAGCGCAGAUAUUCUAUUGGUGAUGAAUUUGUUAUAGUUUGUUAGUUUCUGCGUCUAGAUUUCUCUUUCGAUCAUAAUGAUUUUCAGCUGCAUAAAACGAACUUGCAAGUCGUGCUCUCAUCUUAACUGCAGUAAAUUCAUUUCAUUUUUCAAAAUCAAUGUAAUUUUGUCUUCUUCCAGGUUUUGAUGGUCAUCGCCGUAAGCGUCGUUCAGAAAUCAACGACAGGCCGUUAUUUGAUACACAGGGAAAAUUAGAGGAAAAAAGACAAAAAAUUAUGCAACUCCUCGGAAAACGGAGACAACUCAAGGUUAAUUCUUAUUCAACACCUCCCAAGUCGAAGAACGAACUAACCACCCAAGGGACAUUGGGUAUUAAAGUUCGACGGACCAGGCUCAGUAAUAACGAGAGCUCAGACAAUAAUACUAAUAAGGACCCUUCGAUUGAUGACCUCUCGAAUAGUCCCACUGUGAAUGAAACAGUGGUUUCUUCUGAGCUAGGAUCACAGAGAGACCCUGAGUUAGCUGUAAAUGUAGCAUCUGAGACAGAACUUCCUGUAACAAGUCUCCCGGAUGUUACGUCACAAAGCGUCUCUUUAAAACAAACACAGAAUUGCCUCGCAAAUCAACCAAAACAAGAGGAAACUCACGGCACACCUGAUGGAAGCACUGAAGAUUCAGCGCUAAUUAGUAGUUCUUCCAUUAGUUCCUUAGUUUGCUGUGAUUACGCCGACUCUAGUGACGCUUCGGAUGAUCAUACAUGAUUAGAUACCGAAAUAGUGGAAUCAGUUGUAUAUCGUUUGAGUAAUGCAUCCAUGGUGUCUGGCUUUAAUGAUGCAAUUAAACAACAACUGUCCCAGAGAAUGAAAGUGCACCGAGCCAAUCAAGACUUUUUCGCCUUGAAUAAAGAAAUUCGGUUCCUCCUUCAAUUUUCUCCUUUUUUUGAAAACAAAACAAAGCAAAAUCAAAGCUGAGAAGUAUUCGAGCGUCAGUGACCCACUUAUUCCUGCUAGCAAUCUUUACUACGACUCCACAACUCGUGAUGCAAAGAGCGUAGGAUAUUUUUGCAAAUCGAGUAACCUAUAACUCGUUUUCUGUACUAGACUUAUCUACGAGUUAAAAAUGGUGCGCGAGGAGCAAAGGCGUCUUAAUGUAUACGUUACUUCUGGACAAAUAAAAAACCAAUCAGAGUAGAAAGUAACACAUGUGGCUACUAUUGGCGUUGGAUUUGCAUUUUUAUCGCGUUCGUUAAUUAUUUUGUUUUGUCUCAAUAGGGUUUUGUUUUAAUCGGUUUGCUUUAAAUGAGUUUGUCUAUGUUUGUUAUGUGGGUUUCUAGCGAUAUGUAAAGAUUAUUUGUGGAAGAAGGCUGGUUUCGUAUCGCGAGACUUUAUUUACAGUUGAUGCCGUAUACAAAUGUUCUAUACUUUACUGACGUGGAAUCAACUAAUUUUGAAUGCGGUCAGUUCUGAAAACUUGAUAUUUUCAUCUAUUUGUGAGACGAUAAUUGCAUGUGGAAUUUUUUAUUACAAAUGUUUCAUACAGUACAGACGUUGAAUUAGCUAAUUGUAAAUCCGGUCAGUGCUGACAACUUUAUAUUUUUAAUCUAUUUACGAGACUAUAAUAGCAAGUGAAAUUUUUAAUUGAAAUGCUUUUAUAAUUACUGGUCAAAGAGCUGCAAUUUUGAAUAUUCGUUGAGGGUUUCAAGACUUAUUUCAUACCCACAAUUAUUAAUUUCUG